AUGACGGAAACACUGGCGUGGGGAGAUUACCUGACGAUCGGCAUAUACUUUGCCGUUGUGAUAGUCGUGGGAAUCUUGUCAACAUGUCGGCCAAACAGGGGGAGUUCACAGGGUUAUUUUCUGGCGGGAAAAGAUAUGCACUGGAUACCGAUUGGAGCAUCUAUCUAUGCCAGCAACAUAGGAGCCCCAAUGUUUAUAGGACUUGCCGGUUCAGCUGCAGCCUCUGGACUAGCGGUCACUAUAUAUGAAUGGCAUGCUGCGUUUUUUCUCAUCGCGUUGGGCUGGAUAUUUGUACCAGUGUAUGUUUCGUGUGGGUCUUUUACCACGCCCCAAUAUUUGCGGAAGAGAUAUGGAGGAAAGCGGAUCCGAAUCUACUCAUCCAUCAUGUCUUUGAUCGGGUACAUCCUCUUUAACAUCUCGAUUGAGAUUUUCACUGGCGCAAUGUUUCUACAACAAAUCCUCGGAUGGAAUCUCUAUCUCAGUGUCGUUAUCAUACUCACUGUGACAGCAGUAUACACCAUUGUUGGAGGUCUAGCUGCUGUGAUAUAUACAGAUACAUUACAAACAAUUGUACUAAUUAUUGGCGCUACCAUUCUCUUUAUAACCUCAUGGGUGGAUGUUGGUGGCUGGGGCGCAAUCCAGGACAAGUUCAUGACAUCAGCAGCAAACUACACACUUACGAACAUGUCAAUGUACUCGUGUGGACUACCACGCGAAGACUCAUUCCACAUUGUCCGUGAUGCGGUCACAGGAGACAUCCCAUGGCCUGGUGCUCUUUUGGGACUGUCAACAUUGGGCUUGUACGUUUGGACUCAAGAUCAGCUUAUUGUACAAAGGUGUCUGUCGGCUAGAAACAUGAAUCACUCUAAAGGUGGAGCAUUGCUUGGAGGUCUACUGAAACUCACGUCUUUUCUUAUGUUUGUUAUUCCCGGCAUGGUCAGUCGGAUUAAAUAUCCUCAGGAGGUUGCAUGUGCAGAUCCAGACAAAUGCUUUGAGAUCUGUCAAAAUAGGGCUGGAUGUUCAAAUCUGGCCUACCCACUACUUGUCCUUCGUAUUCUGCCGGAAGGUAUUCGCGGCUUAAUGCUGGCGGCACUGUUGGCAGCGCUGAUGAGCUCUCUAACGUCGAUAUUAAACAGUGCCAGUUCUGUAAUUACGUUGGACGUUUGGCGCAUGUACAGAAAAAACGCCAAGAAUACAGAACUGAUGAUAGUGGGUCGAGUGACUGUGCUUAUCCUCGUCGUGACAAGUAUACUAUGGCUACCAGUAAUGGAAAAAGUCCAGGGAGGACAGUUCUGGGCGUACAUGCAGUCUAUCAGAAGUUAUUUGAUCCCUCCAUGGUGUAUACUCUUUCUUUUGGGAGUGUUCUGGAAACGUACAACGGAAGCGGGUGUUUUCUGGGGCCUGAUUGUGUGUCUGGUGAUCGGGGUAAUUAGAAUGGUGCUGGACUUUGUUUACACGCCGCCGAACUGUGGCAGUGGCGACCCAGACACCAGGCCGGACAUUGUCAGCAAGGUCGAUUUCUUACACUUCGCCACCAUCUUGGCUGUCAUCGCUACCAUUGUGAUGGUUGUUAUCAGCCUGUUGACUGAACCACGCCCAGAGCGGAAGCUGCGGCGUGUGACGUUCUGGACAAGAAAUGACCCUUUAGAACCGGAUCUUGACUCCGAGGACGAGGAAAUGGCGGACGAGGAAGAUGACACAAAAUCAGGGACAACUGAUGAUGAAACAGGUGCGUUAGGUAACUUCAAGAGAUACUGUUACAACUGGGUAUGUGGAACAACGGACCAACCUAAACAGAAGCUGACGUCAGAACAGAAACGUGCCCUGAGAGCAAAAUUGACCUCUAUACAUCAGACAAAGUUCUGGAGGAAAACACUGAAUGCAUUUGCAAUAGCGUUAGCAACAUUUACUGUAUUUCUCAUUGGAUUUUUCUACUGA